UGGCUGUCACGUCAGUGUUUUUCUUCUGGUUUAGUCGCAAGAGCAGUUUGCAAGAGAGGAAAAAAAGUAUUUCUACUCGUUUGUGUAUUUUAAAUAGCUAAAUAUUGGCAAUAUUCUAUCAAAUCGAUCUCGUUGACCAGCUGCUCGCGUCAGUAUAAAGUGAGUGUGUGUUUGCUUCGCCGUCGUCGCCUUCCUUCGUACUCGCUAUCAAGGACAAAAUCUCAAAACUGGCAUUCAAGUUCUAAUCGAUCAAAGUUUUGUUUCCUCUUGCCCGUAACCACCUUCCUCAAGCUGCAUGUGAUACGGCAAGUCAAGGCAAGAGGUAGGACAAAGGCGAAUUGGUGAUCUGUUUAAGGGUGAGUCACCUGAUCAAGGGUUUCCCUUGCUCUGCCACUCGAAGGCUGAAGGAAUUCGUGGAAUUUCUGCGCGGAAAAGCACUGCAAUGAAUUACGACGUGCUACUGAACCGGACCGGGUUUGGGCGACUGAACAUCGUCAGCCAACAGCAGCAGCAGGUUCGAAGUGUCUCCGAGAGUGAAGGUCAAUAUCGUCAACAGCAGCAGGAGGAGCGUAACGAUACGCCUACGCGGAAGAUCUCGUCGCAUUCGGCGCGACCAGAGUUCGGUUCGAACCCGGGAAGUGCUCGGGGUACUCCGGUGCGGGCGGGAUAUUCCGGUGGGACAGCGGGGAGUGGAGAUGAAAUCAAAGGAAAGGUCGAAUCCAAACUCAUGACGAUGUGGAACAAUGUAAAGUUUGGGUGGAGCGGAAAGAUCAAGACGAGUUUCUCCAAGGAACAGCCGCUGUGGCUGCUUGGUCGUUGCUACCACCAGAAGGCCACUCCCGUACCGUCGAUGGACAGUUCGGUAGAGCUGACGACCAACAUUGAGUCGAACCAGCUGGUGUACGUAAGCGUUCCCGAGCCGUCGGAUAUUUAUGUGGAGUCUCCGCCGGAAGAAACGGGCACCGAUGCCAUCGAGGACAGCAGCCCCGAAGCGGUAGUGGAAGACGAGGGCAUUGAAGCAUUCAAGCGGGACUUUAUUUCGCGCCUGUGGAUGACCUACCGGAAGGAAUUCCAAACGAUGGACGACUCAAACUACACCUCUGAUUGCGGCUGGGGUUGCAUGAUUCGAUCCGGCCAGAUGUUGCUGGCUCAGGGCCUGAUCACUCACUUUCUGGGUCGUGGCUGGCGUUGGGAUCCAUCCCAGGAAGGACUGCGGUUGAACUUUGACUCGCUUCAGUACGAGGAUGGCAUCCACCGGAAGAUUAUCCGCUGGUUUGGGGACACUUCGUCUCGGACCAGUCCAUUUUCGAUACACACGCUGGUGGCACUUGGGAAGGAGGCCGGCAAGAAACCGGGCGAUUGGUACGGUCCCGGUUCGGUAGCACACCUGUUGCGGCAGGCGGUCAAGCUGGCUGCGAAGGAAAUUACCGAUCUGGACGGGAUCAACGUUUACGUGGCGCAGGAUUGUGCGGUUUACAUUCAGGACAUCCUGGACGAGUGCACCGUGUCCACCACCCCCAGCGUCGCUCCCUGGCAGAAAAAGAUGUCCUCUGUGGCGUGCACGGAUUCACCCUUGCAAGCGACGACCCCACGCGUCGGUGCCACCACAUCUUCCUCCUCUUCCUCGUCUCCUCACGCAACCGGAUCCUCCGCGCCAUCCGAUUCCGCGGACGACAGCGCCCCCGGAAGCCCCUGGAAGUCGCUAAUUCUGCUGGUGCCGCUGCGACUCGGCACGGAAAAGCUAAACCCCAUCUACAACGACUGCCUGAAGGCGAUGCUGAGUCUGGACAACUGCAUCGGAAUCAUCGGCGGUCGGCCAAAGCACUCGCUCUUCUUCAUCGGAUAUCAGGAGGACAAACUGAUUCACCUGGAUCCGCACUACUGCCAGGACAUGGUCGACGUGAAUCAGGAAAAUUUCGCCGUUUCCUCGUUCCACUGCAAGUCGCCGCGGAAGAUGAAACUCAGCAAGAUGGAUCCGAGCUGCUGCAUCGGGUUUUACUGCGCGACGAGGAAAGACUUUUUCAAGUUUGUCGACAACGUAAAACCGUUCCUUCUGCCGGCGAAACAAUCGAUGAGCAGCAGCUUUCCCAGUUCGGCUGGGCUGAACCAGUUCAACGAGAUCACCUACCCGAUGUUUGUAUUUUGUCGCGGUAAAAGCAGCGAACAGCAGGUCGAUUUACCUCCGCGACCCGUUUACCGCUCACCGCCGGCCCCACCUCCGCUUACGGCGGGCCACCCAGCUUACGCCAGCAGUUCUCAGCUGCAGAACGGCGAAGACGACGACGAUGACGAUGAGGACGAAGCUAUCGAGUUUGUGAUCGUUUGAGCGGCGGCCAUUUAUCACCCACAAAGAAGAGGCAACUCCCCCCCACCCCACUAAAAAUGCGUUCAACCGCGUACAAAGCCAGGUUGCCAGUUUGCACUUUCAGAUUGAUUAGUUCGGACAUUCCUAACCUUAGCCUAGGUUCCCCCCUACCCUCUAUUGAUGCUUCCAAAAUAACGCUCCCCCACGAUUUGUAGAGUCGAACUUAGGUUCAGCUCUGAGUAUUGCCAGAUCGAAUGAAGCAUGCUGGUUCAUUGACUGAAGUGUGAUACUCUUAUUCGCAGAACAAAAAAACGAAGAAGCACUGCUCCUGAUGGUCUUAUUUCCAAUGUGUGUUAUCAUUUUGCCGACAAAACCCUAUUAUUUACGGUAUAAAGUACUUACAGCGUAGAAUGUAGCAAAAGAGAUUGAAGCCCACAAUAGCGUAUUUCCGUGCUCGAUACCCAAACCUCUGUAAACUAGAAGAGAAACGUAGCAGUUUGUAUUCAAGCCGGAAGUCAACAGAACAGAUUCUAUCAACCAGUAGUGUGUAUUAGCUUAGUGUUUUAGGAUGUUUAUUUAUUAGUUGCUAAUCUGCUCGAGCAAGUGAUGUGGUCUCGGAAAACAAAAAUCCUAUCGAACAUUGUGUUACAAAUUGAGCGUUUAAAAUGCUUCGUUUUAAUGUUGAUUUUUUUUAUUAAAGUAAUUUAUUAAAUUAUUUAUGAAAUUAUUUUGGUCUCCGUUUUCAAACCUGCUAAAACCACUAUUUUAUAUUAUAAAAUGAACAAUAGCUAUGCAACUUAUACAAAUAUUGUAAAUUGUGACUGUAACAAUAUACGAAUGCAUUCGAUUUGCAGAAAAAAACA